UCCAUUCCACCAUUUUUAUAUACCACCAUUUCUCUCUUCUCUAACCUUCCGACUUCCGACACCCAAACCCCAAAUUUCUCCUUCCAUUCACUGAGACAAACAAAACCAUGACCAAUGACCUCAAAACACCACCUGAAACCGCCAUACAGCUACAUAAUGAUCAAACCCCAACCACCAAAGUUGCCGCCGAGGCUGAAACAGGCACCAUGAGUGGAUCGUUGAGGCCAUUGGUUUCUUCCAGCUCCACCACAAAGUUUUCUCGGAAUUAUCACGUAAUGUAUAUCGGUUUACGGCUUGUAUGCUUCUCUGCGUCGUUGAUUUCAGUUGUUGUAAUGACUACUGCCAAACAGAAAUCGAGUAUCUCAGUUUUUGGAUUUGAUCUACCGCUUAACUCCAGGUGGUCCUUAUCUGGCUCCUUCCAGUAUGUGGUUGGAGUAUCAUCCGUUGUUGGAGUUCACUCUCUUCUUCAACUAGUAAUGACCAUUUCAAGAAUGCUAAGAAAGUCAUUGGUUUUUUCCUCCAGAAGCCAUGCAUGGCUUAUUUUUGCUAGCGACCAGGUGCUUGCAUAUGCGAUGAUAAGUGCCGGAUCGGCUGCAACGGGUGUGACCAACCUCAAUCGAACGGGGAUCAAACACACGGCUCUACCCAAUUUUUGUAAGCCGUUACAUUCCUUUUGUGAACGUGUUGGGGUUUCAAUAGGGUUUGCAUUCUUCAACUGCGUCCUGCUUGCCACUUCUGCAUUUCUUGACGUAGUUUGGCUAUCUAGUUAAAUGCUCAAGGUCGCUUAGUUUUUCGAUUUUAAAUAGGAGUGUUUAUGUCUAGAUUAUGUAUGUAUUUAUUGCAAUAUAAUGGAAUCAAUGUAGGCGACCUUUAAAAAUAUACAUCAAUACAUGCAGUAUUUAACCUUUUCCUAUAA